AUGGCUGCCAGACAAGGCCAGCCAUCACACGGGACGCGUCGAGCAGGGCUAGUGGCGCCGUCGCGGAGACCAGCCACCUGCACCUUGCCGCCGCCGACCAUGGCCGCUGCCGCGCCGGCCCGCAGCCUCCGCCACCCGGAUCCGCCGAGACACAGCCAAGCAGCCACAGCCGCGCCCCCAAAGGGUCGCGCCGCGCCGCCCGCGUGCUCGCCACGCCAGUCCAGAGGCCCGACCCUCUGGAUCUGGGGCCGCCGUCGCGAAACCCUAGGUUCGGAGAAGCGCAGCUCCGUCAGCCUCGUCGAGCCCCACGCUCGAGGGGGGAGGCCACCUGGGAGCGAAGUCCCGCCGCCAUGA